AAACUGCUCACAUAAGAGAAGAUGAUACUUGGCGUGGUGCUUAUCCUGCCCCUGGAUUGGUUGAUAGGCGUGUUGAAAUCACUGGUCCAGUCGAUAGAAAAAUGGUUAUCAAUGCCUUAAAUUGUGGUUCUUCUACUUAUAUGGCAGAUUUUGAAGAUUCUAAUGCACCAACAUGGGAGAAUAAUCUUGAUGGUCAAGUAAAUUUACGUGAUGCAAUUCGUGGAACCAUAACUUUUACCAAUCCUGCAAAUAACAAGAAAUACUCUUUACGUAAAGAUGGUAAAAUUGCUACCUUGAUCGUACGUCCUCGUGGUUGGCAUUUAGAAGAAAAACAUGUUGUAAUCGAUGGUGCACCUGUAUCCGCUUCAAUUUUUGAUUUUGCUUUAUACUUUUAUCAUAAUGCAAAGAAAUUAAUUGAAAGCGGUCUCGGUCCUUAUUUCUACUUGCCAAAAAUGGAAUCUCAUUUGGAAGCAAGGUUAUGGAAUGAUAUUUUUAAUGUUUCACAAGAUAUUAUUGGUAUUCCCCGUGGUACUAUUCGCGCCACUGUUUUAAUCGAAACAAUUCUUGCUGCAUUUGAAAUGGAUGAAAUCAUUUAUGAACUUCGUGAACACUCUUCCGGUCUCAAUUGUGGUCGAUGGGAUUAUAUUUUUUCCGUAAUCAAAAAACUCCGAAACAACCCCAAUUUUAUCCUUCCUGAUCGUAGUGAUGUUACUAUGACAACUCCGUUUAUGGAUGCCUAUGUUCGGUUGCUUAUCAAAACUUGUCAUCGUCGCGGUGUUCACGCCAUGGGUGGUAUGGCUGCUCAAAUUCCGAUUAAAAAUGACCCUAAAGCAAAUGCUGUUGCUCUUGAGAAAGUUCGAGUUGACAAAUUAC